AUGGAAAAAAUAAUAGGGCGCUUCUCUAAAUCUUCUGAUCGGAACGAUGAUACGCCAGCAGUCAACGCAGGGUCAACUCCCCAGUCAGCAGUGGCAGCAAGCACGUCACCCGGCCGCUCAAGUGACAUGACCGACGAAGGCGAUUUAUUCGGGCUUUAUCAGUUAUGGCCUCCGAAGAAUGAUGUUUAUGAAGUUCAGAACACAAAGAUUGAUAUAAUAGCUGUGCAUGGAUUGAAUGGAAAAGCAUUCAAAACAUGGACCCAAGAUGGCAAGCUGUGGCUUGCGGACUUUCUCCCGCUGGAAAUUCCACACGCUCGGAUUUUUACCUUUGGCUAUGAUUCGCGCGUUGCAUUCACCGGAUCAGCUUCACGCGUGGACGACCAUGCAAGAAAUUUGCUCGAAAGGCUAAUCGCGAAGCGGCGGCAAUUCAGCGAAGAGCGACCCUUGCUGUUUAUAUGCCAUAGCCUAGGCGGCAUUGUCGUUAAGAGAGCGCUGGCUAUUGCCCAUGAGAGAAGUCGUCGGUAUAACCCAAUUACAAGAGACACAUUUGGCAUCAUGUUUCUCGGCACGCCUCAUCGCGGCUCCGACAUAGCAUUCUGGGGUAGUCUUCUGGCGAAGCUGGCUGACGUCGUGACCUUGGGAUCUGUUCGCACUCAGGUUCUAGAAGACCUCAAACGGAAGUCAGACAUGCUUGGUGCGAUAUGUUCGCAGUUCAUCGAGCGCUCCGAGUCACUGCACCGCAUCUUCUCUAUCUACGAGCGCCAGCGAACCAAGGGUGCAUCGGGCCUAGUCGUUGAAGAAGACUCUGCCGUUAUCGGUCUUCCAAAUGAGGUCCCCAUCUCUAUCGAGGCUGACCAUCGGUCAAUGUGUAAAUUCUCCGAUAUGACAAGUGAGAAAUAUCAGAUGAUAUCAGAUUGCAUCAUGGAAAUGGUCGAAGACGCCUUGGACCGCCCAAACGCAACGCAGAAUCCACUACGAGAUCAAUUUCUACGAUCUAUCAAAACCCUAGAUCCAGAAGAGGUCCUCAGAAAUAUCACUAGACCCAGCCCAGGAACCUGUUCGUGGAUCACCGAGACCAGUGCUUUUCGAGACUGGCGUGAUCAGUCCACAGCCCGAGUUCUUUGGAUAUCGGGAGCCCCCGGUGCUGGAAAGACGACUGCCUCGAGAUUUCUUAUAGAUCACUUGCGGCGCUGGCUCCAGAAAAACACAAGCAGUGCUGCAAGAGGGUCGAUGGUCGCGUUCUUCUUUUGUGCAUCCGAGCAAUGGCUGCGAAACUCGGAUGUGCAAAUAGCCCAGUCUCUUCUGUUCCAAGUUCUUUCUCACAACAAAAGUCUCUUCAGGUACUUGAGUGAUUCUGAUAUGCAGACUGUAUGCAGUAUUGACAGGGCCAACGCGGAACCCCACGUCGUGUGGAGGCUUCUGACCACCGUAUUCCAACGCAGCCCCGAUCUUAGCUUUUGGAUUCUGAUUGAUGCAAUCGACGAGUUGCAGGACACAUCGCGGACUGCUUUGGUCCAGAGACUUCGGCAUCUAGUCUCAAACGACCUUGGCCAAAAGCUCAAGUUUAUCAUCUGCGAUCGCAGUAGCCCUAACGCAAGGGGAAUACUACAUUCAGUGACCUGGCUUGACAUCCGUCGUCAAGACAUGGUCUUUGAAGACAUUCGGCAAUUUAUUAAUGCCAGGCUUGGGGACCUAUGCUCUAGUGGCGCCAUCCCGUGGCAGUAUCAGAAUCUCAUCGAAGAGUCGCUUCUCGAGGUAUCGGAAGGCAACUUCUUGCAAGUAGCUCUCGCAUGGAGCCACUUUACAGCCGGUGUCUCGUAUUGGUCUGCUCAAGUCAUCAAGUCUCGACUAGAAGGGCUAAGGAGGCUUUCUGGAGAAGCUAGAGCCUUCUACUGCUCUCUACUCCAGAAGAUUCCAGAGGAUUCUCAGGAUGUCGCAAAGAUAGGAUUCACCUGGGUGCUUGGGUCUCGAAAGCCCCUGAGCUUGAGCGAACUCCAGCACGCGGUGGCAAUCAGUACUGGCCAGAGAACUUGGUCUGACCUCAAAAACGCACUUGGGUUCAACUUUGACGCCCACUUUGAUCAAGCCUUUGGAUACCUUCUCCGCGUCGACCCAGACCUGAGGGUAAGAUUUGCGCAUAGCACAGUCAAAGAGUUGUUGACAGCAGAUGAUUCUAUGUCUUCAAGCCCGAAUUCUGGAGUGAUAUCAAAAUAUGUUGUUCGUGAGGCAGAUAUAGAUGCUGAACUCGCAAAACGAUGUAUUACAGUGCUUAGCUUCAGAGACCUGGCAAAGUUCCGAGAUAUUGCCCGAGAGGCCAUGGCAGACAAGAUGCGAGACCUGUUCGUCAUGUCACUUCAGGGCAAGAACUACCUGGAUUCGCUUGACCUUAGCAAAUACGACGACAUGGACGUCAUUGAGAGCGAGCCGGAAGUAAAGGAGCGAAUUGGGACAGCUAUGCUGAAGCUUGGCCAGACUGAACUGGACGACCGAACUCGAGGACUAUUUGUGUAUUGCGUCUCUUAUUGGAACUACCAUUGUAACCAUGGCCUGUCAGAUCCGGAGGUGAACAAGUCCCUGACCGACUUUGCUUUGCUACGGCAAUCACACUACUUUCUGAUGGUCGCCAUACUCUUAGGAUUGGCGAGGUACCACACAGGUCCGUUUUGGGACAGUAUAGAUCAGUUCUCUCGGCUACCUCCAAUGCAUUUCAUUCUGAAGGCGGGCGACUAUCCCAAUGUUUUGUCGGAUUUACUGCACCGUGGGGAAGACAUCAAUGGGACUGAUUCACGAGGCUGGCCCCCCCUUCUAUGGGCUUUAAUCGAGGACCGGAGACAAUGUCUUGAAAUGAUCUUGGCCAACCACAAGACUAGGAUGGAAUCAACCGAUCGCGAUGCAGGCCAUGUGCUUCAUCUCGCGCUCGAAGCAGGUGUCAACCCCACACUAAUUCUUCGAUUAAUAGCCGAUCCUCGAGUGGAACUGAAUGCCAAAAGUAGGAAAGGUUGGACGGCUUUACAGUGGUGUUUGUCGCGAGUGUCUCUACAAUCAGUCAGCCUUGAGCUCCUGCGCCGCAAAAAUGUCGACAUUUACGAGCAAGACUGCCAUGGCCUCAAUGCCCUUGAUCAGAUUUUCGAUGAAGGUGUAUCGGAACAAAGCGCCCUCAAGCUCAUCUCUCGAUCUGAUGUGCCUGACAAUUGGUUCGAGAAAGCUCGCACCUUUCGCCACUCUACUGGGCUCAACUAUCUGGAUGAUGAUGUUCCGCGAACGUUCAUCCAUCGUGCUUCAUCACUUCGCUGGUAUUCUCUGGAAGAUACUAUUCUUGCUUGCGACCCAUUCAAAGCCGUCACCGUUGAUGGGGAUGGCUUCACUUUGCUAGAACGGUACGCGUAUCAUGGCAUGAAGAAGCGAAUGAUGGAGAUUUUGAAAGGUAUUCCAUCUAAUACUUUCCAAAGGUCAAAUGACUGUGGAUCAAAGCUCUUGAUUCUGUGCGCUCAGCAAGACUGGGAGCAAGUUGUCAACGUCCUAGUCUAUGAGUUCUCUGUCGAUGAUACUUCAACAGACUCUGACGGUAGGACUAUUGCUCACUGGGCAAGUGAGCUUGGUUGGGUAUCAUUGUCGUCUCUGUUGAUCUCCAAGACAAGGGCAUGGCUAAACAAAACAGCCCGGGACGGGAAAACAGCUCUUCAUAUCGCCGCAGAGUACCGGAACUAUACUGCCUGCAAAGACUUACUCCAAGCAGGCGCCAGCCAUUCUAUUCGAGACAAGAGUGGCAAAUUGCCAAUUCACGUCGCUGCUGAACAGGGUCACCGGGAGAUAGUGAAGCUGCUACUGGAAAGCCCCAUCAAGGACUUGCGAACAUGUGAGGUAGAUAAGGAAGGGAGAGGUAUCUUGCACUAUAUAGUCAUGUGGCAUUCUGACAGCUUCAUUCGCCAGUGUCUCACCGUCCUUCGACCACAAGUCAGCACUAAGGACAGCAAAGGGAGAACGCCGCUGCACUUUGCCUGCAUAUUCGGCAACGAGCCUGCUGUUUCUGUUUUGCUAAGUAUUGGGCUAGACCCGGAUAAAAGAGACGCUUCGUCAUUUACGCCAUUACACCAUGCCCUCAUGGAAGGCUCGGUUAAAUGCGCACAAACCCUUAUCAGACAUGGGGCAAGGUACGACUUGAACGACAAGUUCGAUAGGAAUAUUGUCCUUUUGGCCCUUAGAAGCGAGAACAAUAGCACGGUCGAGAGUCUGGUCCACUUUCUUCAGUCCAAGUACUCACCGUCAGAGAUUGCCCGAGAAGCUGGCCACGUAGACCGGUUCGGACGCUCCGCCUUUCACUAUCUAUGUCACUGGGUGGAUCCUAAAAAGAGUGACGAUGACGAUGGAUUGGAUGAAGUUGUCGAAGAACUUAAUGAUGACCGGGACAUCGACCCAGCUGAGGCCCAGCAAGUAUUGUCGCCCGCCGAGUGGCUAAUCAAGGCAUUCGCUGCAAUUGGCGUGGAUAUCAAUACGAGGGAUCACCACAAGCAUACACCUCUUCAUGCUUCGGGAAGGGCAGGGAACCUGGCUGCAGCUAGAGCUCUCUUGCGCGUGCCCGGGAUCGAAGUGUCUCCCAAAGAUGAGGAUGGCUUCACUCCUUUGGACUGGGCAUCAGUCAAUGGUUACGGCGAGAUUGCUGCAGCGAUAGAAGCACAUGGGGGAGUACACUCUUCUGAUUGGACUUUGAAGCUCAAACCUAUGUAUCGAUCAUGGCAGUCUGGCUUUGAUGAGGAUGAUGAGAUUGAAGAAGAUGCUGGACAGCUGAUGACGCGGAGCUAG